UAUCCUGCUGUAAAAUGGCAAUAUCUUUGUAUAAACUAUAGGUCCUUGAUCCAUCUACUCUAUCAAACCUCUUUUGUAGAUCAGUCCACACAUUCAAGGCACUUGAAGCAAAUGCAAUUCCACUAAGUAAGCUCUUUGAAACUGAAUUCAUUAACCAUGACAAGACAAUUGCAUUCACCCUUUUUCAUUGACACCACAGUUCUUCACUAUACAUUUUUUAUCUGCAUGUUCCAUCAACCAACCCUAACUUGUUUCUUUCUAACAGAGCUAGUUUGAUUGAUCGAUUCCAUAAGGUGUAGUUCUCCACACCAUUCAACUGAAAUGAGAUAAUGCUAAUUCCACUUACAUCCGUAGGGCUAAGAAAUAGAGGAUGAUUAUAGUCAAUACCUUGCCCUUGUAUGGAAUUGCUACUCGAAGUGAAAGGUGUACUAGCUCGUUGAGCAUUAUUGUGGUUUUGAUUGAGAUGUUGAGAUGAAUCUACUGUUGUUGUAUCACCUGCCAUUUCUUCAAAAAACCUUUAAAAUUUUGUUGUGGAAUUAACUGUUUAGUGCAGAUUUUAGCUUCGAUGGAGCUUUGAUCUGUAGGUCUGUCUUAAAAAGUAGAUGAAUCUAUGAAUCUAGUUUCGAUUCUUUGACUCAAAAAUAAGAAACAACUUCUCACAGUGAUAACUGUGACGAUGGCUCUGAUACCAUGAAGGUAAGUGUGAGAUCUUUACGUUUGAGAGAACAGAAGAAGAAGAAGAAAAAAGUAGAAGAAAGAAGAAGAAGAAAGAGAGAAAGGACUGUCGUUUGUAUUCCUCUCUUGGACGGUGUAGUGGAACUGGGAAGUACAGAAAAGGUUCAAGAAGACAUUGGAUUCAUACAUCAUGUAAAGAGCUUUUUCACUGAGCCACAACAACCUCAGCCACCAAAGCCAGCUUUAUCUGAGCACUCCACCUCCAAUUCCUUCACCUUUUCGGAGCCAUAUUUUUACUCCGGCAAUAUUCCGUCAUCCACCGGUGUUGGUCCGGUGGAUCAAGACGAUAGAAUUGUAGGAGAAGAAGAAAAUGGUGAGGAGGAGGAUGAGGACGAGGACAGGGACGAAGAUGAAAAUGAUGAAGUUGAAUUAGACUCGGAUAGUAUAGCAAUUCAAAGGGGGGUCGGGGCGGCUAAUCCUAUAGCGGCUGAGGCUAGUGAGCUCAUGCAGCUUGAUAUGUCUGAAGCUAUACGGCUCGGCUCACCGGAUGAUGGCUCUAAUAAUAUGGACACUGAUUUUCAUUUAGAUGGCGUUAGCCUAGCUGGAAAUAAUACAGCUGACUCUUUCAAAGCUGAGACUGCAAUUAGUUGGGCUAACUUUCAAGACCUUCAACAUUUACCAGGUGUCCCUAGUUAUGAUGAAUUAUCACAAGAAGAUACACAUUAUUCUCAAACAGUGUCAACCGUUCUUGAACACCUCUCAAACACAAGCUCCAUAAUGGGCUCUAUUUCUCAUGAUUCAGCCCAAUCUGCCUUCACAUUAUGGCCCAUCAUUUGUAGCCCAAAUCCCUCUCACUGCCGCUGCGACGAUAAUAACGGCGGCAGUGGAAGCAGCUCCCAGUGGCUUCUCAAAAGCAUACUAUUCACUGUUCCAUUUCUCCACAGUAGUACUAAUUUAUACCAAUUACCUGAAGCUGUUUCUCCAAAGUCACGUCACGUAGCGGCCGAUGAUUCAUCAGCUGCCGCGCCACGAUACCGGAAAGGUUGUACGAUAAGUAGUGCCCAUCAAGAAGAGCCGAGCGGGAGCCAUGUACUAGCGGAACGACGUCGUAGAGAGAAGCUGAACGAGCGUUUUAUUAUUUUAAGGUCUUUAGUACCGUUCGUUACGAAAAUGGAUAAAGCAUCGAUACUUGGUGACACCAUAGAGUAUGUGAAGCAGUUACGUAAGAAAAUUCAAGAUCUUGAAGCCACCAAAGAUGCAGAUGAAAAGAGUGGACCAGUGAAGGCAUUGCCGGGAAAGGGUAAGAGUAGAAAGAAGACUACACCGGCAAAGAUCACGGAGUCUCCACAGAUGGAUGAGGAAGUUUUGCAAGUAGAAGUCUCAAUUAUCGAGAACGAUGCACUGGUGGAGCUCCGGUGUCCGUACAAAGAAGGGUUCUUGUUAGAUGUAAUGCAAAUGCUAAGGGAACUUAAAGUGGAAGUUGUAGCAAUUCAAUCAUCUCUUAAUACCGGCCUCUUAUUGGCUGAGUUAAGAGCUAAGGUAAAAGAAAAUAUAUAUGGAAGGAAAGCAAGCAUUUUGGAAGUGAAAAAGUCCAUACAUCAGAUAAUCCCUAGAGUUUAAAUUGAUAUAUAGCUCUCAGUUUGUCCCAAAAAGUUAGUCUUUGCUCAGCUCUUUCAAACCAAAAAAGGCACUAAUAUUAUAUAUAUAUAAAUGCAACAAAUUAAUGAGUCGUGUGACUUCGACAAGUUGGGAUAAGACAGUUUUUUGGGACACACUAAGAGAGUAUAUAUAGAGUUAAGUAAAAUAAGAAUAGAAAAUAAUUGCAUGAUGGAAAUAUAAUUUAUAAGUAGCUAGUUAAUUAAGUAUAAAAGUAUAAUUGUCGAUAACCUUAACUAUGCAUUGAUGAGUGUGACAUAUGAAUAUAUCUUUGUUAGUUUAUAAUACCA